AUGGCCCGGCCCAAUGUUGCUGCUCCUAGUUCUGGGGGUGUAGCAGCCUCCAGCGGAUUUCCCGGCUUCUGUGGGCGCCGCACAUUAGUGUCCAGACGUCAACGAAGGGGACUCGAGAAUUUUCUUUCCUCCUCUUUUGAAGUUACAACGAAAAAUAACGACAGCAGGAUCAGCCUGAGGCUCUUUGGCUUCUCAGUUUCAGCGUGGUCAGAUCAAGAAGGGGUUCCUGGUCCUGGGGGUGCGGGGGAAGCCGAAGGAGCAGGCACCGACCGAUGCCCUAGGCGGGGACCGCCUCCCUCCAGCUUCAGCAGCCGAGCGCAGCGUGCGGGCGCUUCUCGUGGCCGGCGGGCGGCGGCAGCGGCUGCGAUCCGCAGGCUCCAGAUCUGUCGCCCCGAGAUCCGCUGCCCCCCACUUACCUCCCGGCACCUUGAAGCAAGCGCUAGCAGGCCAGGAGCACUUUGCAAAGAGAAGGAGGGACGUGGCUGCGAGGAGGCGGCGAGUGAGAGGGCGAGAGGAGAAGCCGGGAGAGGAAGGAGCGGCGGCGGGAGGACUCAGAGCGCGCAGCCGGCGCGGGGAGCGCGCAGCGGCCUCGGAGGAGGAGGAGGAGGAGGAGGA